GACGCAUGGUAAAGUUUAAAAAAUGACUGAUCUAAUAGUUUCAUUUUAAUAGUCAAAAUUAUUUUAUAGACCUUUAACAGAGAGUUGCUUUAAUAAAUCCAAGAGUGAGAGAAAAUAAAACAUCAUUAUGCAUUUGAGGCAGAAUUAAAUUGGCUAUGGGGAAGGUAGAGAGAAGUCAUCCCUAAAAGAGGAACUGUUCCUUUCUUUUGCACAAAUCUACACCUAUGAUUCAAUAACACUGCGCGCCCAUUACGCAAUCUUGCGUAAAGGAGCCUUAAGGAGUCUUAAACACCAUUUCUGAUAUUAUAUUAUAGCUAUAACUCUCCUUCCCCUUGCAGUGUUAUGUUACACCCCUCCUCACCCAAUCACAGCGCUCCCCAAAAUCCUCCUGCACCGCUCCCCUCUAUAAGAGCCCCGGACGUCCCAGUCCUGUAGACACCUCUCUCCAUCUCCAUUUACGCAUGCACUCCUCUCUGCAGGCCACUUCUUCUUAUUACCUGUCGUGUUUGUUGAUGUUGUAGCCAGCUCAUUGGAUUAGGUAUCAGGGGUUAUAACGCUCCUAUACAGAGAAGAGAAGAAGUUUUUGGGAAGGGGAGAUGCGGGAAGAGGAUUGCUCUCCAAUGGACAGCGCGGGAAACAGCGAGGAGGAGACGGACCGUCAGCUGCCACGGAGAGGCGCGAGGAAGCGGCGGGCGACGCGGAGGCGCGCGGACGACGACGAUGAAGAAGAGGAGGCAAGGCAAGGCAAGCAGGGAGACCUGGAGAGUCCGAGCAGGAAGAAGAAAUGCAGAAAAAGCUGUGAUGAUGAUGGAGGAGGAGGAGGAGGAGACAGCGCGUGCAGCAGCAGCAGCAGCCCCGAGCCCUCCUUCGAUGACCUGCACACGCAGCGCGUAAUGGCCAACGUCCGCGAGCGGCAGCGCACUCAGUCCCUCAACGAGGCGUUCACGUCGUUGCGUAAGAUCAUCCCCACGCUGCCGUCGGACAAACUCAGCAAGAUCCAGACGCUGAAGCUGGCAGCGCGCUACAUCGACUUCCUGUGCCAAGUCCUGCAGAGCGACGAGCUGGACGCGCGAGGCACCAGCUGCAGCUACGUGGCGCACGAGCGGCUGAGCUACGCGUUCUCGGUGUGGAGGAUGGGGGGCUCGUGGUCCUUGUCUACUGCGACCCACUAAAGCAGGGCAGGCUGCUGCUGCUGCAGGAUGAGACAGCACAGAUUAUCCAGAGUGAAGAACCAGUGGAUCAGGCGUACCUCUCAGAUGGACUGAAACCUGCUCAACACAGCUGAGGGGCCCAUAGACUGUAUAUAAGAAGGGGCCAGGCGCUGUGCUUCAGGCCUCAGAGGAGAGAGCGGGCUUUUCACAUUUCCCGUCACAAGGACUGUAAUGUUUGCAAGGGAGCACUUAUAGGACAGACAGGACGGAUAUGAAGAAAAAAACACCACUGCGACUAUGAAUGUUGUGAAAACAAAAUGAGCUCCGAGGAACCGCUCUGUUUUGAAACACGAGAGAAAAAUGACAAUUCAUUCCACACUCCCUGUGACAGAGUUUCACAGCGAAUGAAAUACUUUGUAUUUAUUUUUUCUACACAGGCUCGACAUUCCUUUUCCCCACUCAAAUAAAAGUUAUUUAUUUUUGGGAUAUCAUGGAAUGCUGAAUGGAUCAGGAGUCUGCACAUUUUGAGUGUUGUAAAUAUUUGGUAAUAUCUUGAAUAAAGAAA